UGGCGUCUGUUAAUCAAACUGGGAGAAAGGCUUUCUCUGUUUUCCACGGCCAGGCGGUUCUCUAGAACUCCUACGCUAGGAGCCAACGGAUACCAGACACAAUUCAGUGAAAUAAAUAGCAGUGGCGUGAACUGUCACUAGCAAAAAAACAAACCCAACUCGGUAUUGUGUGCCCAAGUUUGGUUGCCUUCCCCCACCUCCGCCCCCGCGACUGCAACGGAAAAGCGCAAAGUGAAAAUUGAUUUUUAAAACAGUGCGAACUCUACAAUCAGUGCAACAAGAAUUUUAAAUAAAAAACACGGAACGGUCUAUAGCAAAGCAACAAGAUGGUGCAAAAAUUCCAGUCGCCCGUUCGCGUCUACAAAUAUCCUUUUGAGCUGGUGAUGAAGGCCUACGAGCGGCGGUUUCCCACAUGCCCGCAGAUGCCCAUCGUGCUGGACUGUGAGGUCAUUAAGGACGAGUCCCUGGAGAACGGGGCAAAGCGGAACACGAGCCGGCGCUGCAAGUUGGCGGUGGACGCGCCGUACAUCUUCAAGAAGCUGAUUGGCGUGGACCAUGUGUACUUCCUGCAGCACAACUUCCUGGACAUGGCCAACCGCACGCUGAGCAUCGAGGCGGUCAACGAGAGCUUCUCGUCCCGCAUCGAGAUCUUCGAGCGGUGUCGCUACUACGCCCACCCAGACAACGCCGAAUGGACCUGCUUUGACCAGUCGGCCACGCUGGACAUUAAGAACUUCUUUGGCUUCGAGCACUCGAUGGAAAAGAUGGGCAUGAAGCAGUACACCCAGACGACGCUGAAGGGCAAGGAAAUCAUUGAGUUCUUUAUCGGGCAGCUGCGCGAGGAAGGUGUCACGCACGUGGAACGUUGGACAUCGCCAAGUGACGCGCCCAAAUCGCCGACCCUGGAUCAGGCUUCGGAUCAGCAGCACAGCAUUUUGCUGGACGGCGACUUUAUCGCACGAAGCCUGGGCCAGCUGUCCCCCAUGCAGGAGUCCAAGCUGCUGGAGCUGCGAAAAAUGCUGGAUGGUGUCGAUGACUUGGAGCGUGUGCCCAGUUAUCAGACCAUCCUGCGUUUCUUGGCAGCCAGGGACUGGCAUGUGAGCCAGGCCUACGCCAUGCUGUGCGAUUCGCUUCGCUGGCGUCGGGAACACCGCAUUGACGCACUGUUGGAGGAAUACUCCAAGCCGGCUGUGGUGGUGGAACACUUUCCGGGCGGUUGGCACCACCUCGACAAGGAUGGUCGACCCGUCUAUAUUCUGCGGCUGGGACACAUGGACGUCAAGGGCCUGCUGAAGUCGCUCGGCAUGGACGGACUACUGCGAUUGGCUCUGCAUAUCUGCGAGGAAGGUAUUCAGAAGAUCAAUGAAUCCGCCGAACGCCUGGAGAAGCCCGUCCUCAACUGGUCACUGCUUGUCGAUCUGGAGGGUCUUUCCAUGCGGCACCUCUGGCGUCCCGGCAUCAAAGCCCUGCUCAACAUCAUCGAGACUGUGGAGCGCAAUUACCCAGAGACCAUGGGCCGUGUCCUAGUGGUGCGGGCGCCCAGAGUGUUUCCCAUUGCAUGGACAAUCGUUAGCGCAUUUAUCGAUGAGCACACCCGAUCCAAGUUCCUGUUUUACGGCCCCGACUGCGCACACAUGAAGGAUGGCCUGGCCCAGUACCUCGACGAGGAGAUAGUGCCCGACUUCCUGGGGGGACCAUGCAAGACCAUGAUACACGAGGGCGGACUGGUGCCCAAGACGCUCUACAAGAUGAACUCGCUGGAGGAUCACGACGACGAAGUGGCCGCCGAGCUGCCCACCACUGCCGCGGCACAGGCUCUGCUUCCAGGCAAGCGCCUUUCCGCCAACCACCAGCACGACCAUCGCAAUCUGUACAAGAGUGUGGAUCUCAAGGCCGGAUUCACCCACGAGCUGCUCAUCCGGAACGAGGAUCCCAAGAGUGUGCUCACCUGGGACUUUGAUGUAAUGCGCAAUGAUCUGCACUUUACGCUCUACCGGGUCACCCAGGAGCUUCCGGAAAAGAAUGACUCUGCCGUGUCGUACUUUGAUCUGCAAGACUUCAUCGAGGGGGUUAAUUACUUCCGGGAGGAGCCCACACUGAUUUGUCGGCACAAGGAGAGCGUCCAGGGCUCGCACGUGAUGCAUCACAACGACAGCUAUCUUAUGCACUGGUUUAGUCCAUCGGGUGCCCAGUUAAAUGUCUUCUACGAGGUGCUCAGCUCGGCCAACUACAAGGGCUCCAUGACCAGCCUUCAGUCGGCCUUCUCAUCGAACUCGUCGGCGGCCAGCUCGGUGCAGAGUCGAUGAUAUGAAAAAGCCGGGGAGGGCGGUAGAAAUGACGCCGAAUGGAGAUCCCCGGCAUUGGAGGAGCCUAUCGCGGCAAUGGGAGAGGAUAUUCUCACGGGCACCCUGAUGGAGAAGAGCCUGAAUCUUUUUGAAACGCCGGACGUAUUCUUUUAAGACCAAAAGUGGUAAUAUUUUGUGUUUUAGUUGUCUUUUCAGUUUUUUAGCAAAAUGUUAGUUUAAUUUGAAAUUGUAUUUAGCUCAAAUAGGCCAUUUAUUUCCUAUAAAUUUAAUAUAUUCAUUCAAUAUAUUCAAUCAUUCAUAUUAUUGAUAAUCUUAAGAAAAAUAGAAAUACGAGCGAAUUAGAUGAGCGACACCAAGAUAUCACGCAACGUUUUACUUUGAAUCGUCAAUUUUACUUUUUUAAACAGCUCUAUAAAUGAAGUUUUAAUGCAUAUAUAUAAAAGCGACGUAAUUUUUAUAGCUUUUUCUAAUGGAACAUUUUUAGCAACAAAUAAGGAAUUGUUCGCGAUUGCAGCUACUGAAACGAAAAUAGGAAAAAUGAAAUUUGUAAUCAAUAACUACGUGUUACCUAAUUAGUUUAAUAAACAAAUUUGCCGAAAUGGCUCACUGCAAGGAUUUUAGCCAGAACUUAUACAAAAGAGUGAAAUUUAGGGUUUGAACACAAAAUUAGCAGAGAAAAAGUAAGCGAUGUGUUUCAAUGCUACACAUGUAUGUAGGUUAUAGUUAGACGUCAGAUUAUAAUAAUAUAUGUAACAUUGUAUUCUGAACAUUCGAUUAGAUACCGUUUUGGAUUGCACACUAAUUAUCUCGCAAUUUGUACAUUUUUAAUUGCUAAUAUCAAUCAAUCUCCAAAGUGUUUUUAAAUUAAAAAAAUCAACUUUAGUGUCUCUUUUUUGUUAUUAUUAACUCCAUUCAGUAGUAAUUACUAUGCGGAUGUAUACAAUUUAGUUUUAAAAAUAAUCUGACGUGUAUUGUGAGAAUAAACCGACAAGCCAAUAACGAAGGUAAAAAGAGUGCAUGUUAACUAAGUGUGUAAGUUGAAUUAAGAACGUAAUCAAAUAAAUGCUAUUAGAUCAAUUA